AUGAGGGGAAGAUUACCCAAAAAUAAUACACAUCUCGCAUUUUUAUUAGAUCUUUUUCAAUCUAAAAAGCGUGUUGACGGCAGAGAAUGGACUGAUUUUCGUUCUUUUGAUGUUAGCUAUGAUCCAACUUGUAGAUUAACUCACAUCCGAUUGGGGAAAACGAGAUUAAUGUGUACAUUAGACGCAGAAAUUUCAGCACCCAGAAAAAGUACAAAACCAGGUGCUGGCUCUAUUGCUUUUUCUGUUGAUUUUCUUCCAAUGGCGCAUCCCUCUGCUGUUGAAACAAAUUCUUUUGAUAACGAAAUAGAGCAAUGUUUGGUUAUUUUGGAAUCUUUAUUUAGAGAUACUUAUUGUUUAGAUUUUGAUACUUUGUGUAUUGAGUCGAAUAAAUAUGUAUUUGACAUAAAAUGUGAAAUAAAAAUUCUUGAUUAUGAUGGAGGUUUAUGGGAUGCAUCUGUUUUGGCUGUUUCUUGUGCUAUAACACAUUUCAAAAGAAGUGAUGUUAGCUAUAAUUCAAUAACUAAAAAGCUUAUUGUGCAUUCAAAUGAUAAACCCCCAAUUCCUUUGACUGUUUAUUACAAGCCGGUAACUACUACAUUUGGUUUUAUUAAUGGAAUUGAUGACCCAAUAAUAGACCCAACAAUGGAAGAAUCUCUUUUAGUAGACGGAUUUUUAAUUAUUGGGGCUAAUCAUCGUGACGAAAUUUGUUUAAUUAGUCAAAGUGGAAAUUUAAAUGUUAAUCAAAAAUCGAUCGAAAAAUGUUGUGAAAUUGCUUUAAAAAAUGUUAAAGAAUUAAUUGGGUAUAUUAACACAAUUAAAAUUAAAUAA